AUGGAUAAAUUACCUGCGGAAGUCAAAGUAGAAAUUACAAGUUACGUGCAAAAUCCUUCCUCUCUUGCGCGAUGCUCGCGUGAAUGGUACAGCGUAGUAAAUUCGCCACAUACAAAAUAUAGAUGGCUACUCAACAAGUAUGGUCGUGUUCAUGCUUUGUUUCACGCUGUAAGAAUCGGUGAACCAUUCCUCAACCUUGACGUGGCCGAGCUUGUGCUAAAAAAUUCUCGUAUCAGCCGGUACCUUGUUCAACGACUCAAACUUGUUUAUGGAAACCACUGUCUGUGGGGUAGCAAUAUUUCCAACAAUGUAUACGAACGGAUUAUCAAUUUUAAGGAAGGAUACGAAAACGACAACCACAAUGACAUCCAUUCAAUCCGUCGAGUGUUAAAAAAAGGAGGAAGCGAAGACGAUAUCAAAACCAUAAUUGAAGUUUAUGGUUUCACUCCUUUUCCGCCCAAGCCAACCUUUCGAACAUAUAUAUUCGAAAAUUCUGCUAAAUAUAUAGACAAUCUUCCCCAAAACGGUUAUGCAACCGCCUCUGAAUUGAAGAUCGUGGCAAAGGCAAUAAUUACUUAUCCAAGUUUGUUGAAUGUCUGGAGAAAAAUUGGUUACCAUGAAAUUAUCACGGAUUUGGAGAACCCUAUGGUGCAACUCACCCUGCUAGAUCUUUAUUCUACCGGUGUUCCUUCAGGACAAGCAGUUGCUGAAAAACUAUGCAACUUACAAUCAAUUGGAUUUUCACUGACUGACACUCUGAUUGGAAAUGCUAUCCUUCUAUUCAAAGGGAGGUUAGUCGGCGUCGGAAAGAGUCUUAUUGAGGGUUUUUCAAUUGCUCGAAAAUUAUCCAAGGGAGACAUACUUGAUAUAUGCUUGAUAGAAUUGCUUAAUCCGGCAAGAAUUCUUGAACAAUACGAUGCACUGGAUUAUAUCAUCAACUCGAUUAACGAUCCCCAAAAGCAGAUUCUCUCUGUAUUUGAAAAGUAUAAAAUUGUCGAAGAUGAAAAUAACCCACUUACCCAAUCUCGUAUGUUCCUUAAAUACUCACUUGUAGUGUAUCGAUACAUGUUAAGGUUUGGUGCAAAGUCUCCAGUGGUUAGAUAUUUGAUGAAAGAAAUUAUAAUUGUUCAUACGUGGCUCACCGAUACAGAGGAUAUAGACAAAUUGAGAGAUGCAGAUACUAUCCUUGACGAAUAUUAUGCCGCAAAUGUACCUUUCGAUCGAUCACUUUUACCGCUGUUCAAAAAAUGGUCACGCGCAAAACCGAUUGGCUAUUUAUUUGAAGGAUAUCUACCAGCACUAUUCGGAUCAUUUAUGACAUUCCAAAUUCCAGAAGUAGAUGUACUCCCGUCAUUCACACAAACGGAAGAGUUGCAGCGACUUUGGCUGAAAGACGUUAAAAAUUGUAUCCAAUCUGAGGAAUUAGUAAAUGAAGAGUUUAAAACGCAGGCAACAGAGUUUUGUUACUCUUUAUUAUUUAAUGCGCCGGCCGUUGUUUUGAUUACUGAGCAACUUUAUUAA